AUGGACCCCACCGGAAGUUCGACGUCGUGUGAGGGAAACAUCCCCACCCUGGAUAUUCCCAUGGACAACAAUCAUACCUACCUCCAUGGACGGCUUGACCCCGGCCGCGAUGAGAGUCUGUGGGGAUUGGAAUCUGUAGAGGCAAGGGAGCCCGAGAGGGAGCUUCCUAGAGUAGACGACAACUCCCUCCUCUCGACCCAAAAUGGAAAGUUAAGCCGUGAAACUAUUCAGUUAUGUCCUUUAAUAGAUGCACCUCUUCCCGCAAAGCCCCAUCAGAGCUACCUGGUAGCUCUCCCUUCCGAGCUUAUUGAUCACAUCCUAGGCUUCCUGGAUCCUACCGAGCUCGCCAUCAUAUCCUCAGUUUGCCACAUUUUAUAUGCCCACGCUAAAUCCGACAUCAAUUGGUACCGUCACGUCCAGGAGAAUGUUCCUGGAGUCCAAAUUACGUCGCCAUCUCCGUGUAAGAGCUACCGAGAUCUUUACGUGUCCCAUGAUCCAUAUUGGUUCUUAUCAAAGUACAAGAUAUGGUUCUGUGAUUACUUUCUCACGGGUAAGAUCAUUAUCGCUCGCUAUGAUCCUCGCCGUGGAUGCUUGGAAGGAUAUCGAUUGCUUGCGGAACGACCUGCUCCAGCCUUUGAGCCAUGGGAGGCAGAUGAUGAGGUCCUUAUCCACUCUUUCACCCCAAAGUGCCGUCUACAUCUAGACCAUCCAGUGGUUCACCUCGAUGCCAGGUCCUCGGCAUCUCAGAUUUCAUCAAAAUCCAGAUCAGUUCAUUCUUCCAACGUCGAGAUAACGAUGCAGAGCAACGAAAGAAAUGGUGUAUUCUCAAAUUUCUUACUGACUCGAGCUGUACAAGUGCGUCCAAACAUGCAACUCUGGCCUCCACCGAACAUCCCAGCUCGUCAGCGUGUACGGACUGCAAGCCAAGAAGCCUUUGUUGGCUCUGGACACAAACCGCAGAAGCGUUCCCAAGUGUCGACCCAGGCAUUCCGAAUCAGACGAUGGAUGGAAAUGACCAGCCAAAAUGGUCCUGGCGUUCACCUUGGUGAAGAAGUCUAUACAUAUGCCACCCUGGAUCCAAAGGUCUAUACUCCCACAGAAGAGAAGCCAUACAGAGGCAUAUGGGUGGGUGAUUUCAGUGGUCACGGGUGCGAAUUCUUGCUCAUCAACCAGCCCGAUGACGAGCCUUUUGACGAAGCAUCCGUCGUGCAGGCCGAAGACGAGACUGUGGAAGAAUGGGAAGCAAGAAAGGUAGAAGAAAGGAUCUACCGAGGAAGCCUAGAAGCUAUCAAAUUAACCGGAGACCCGAAUGUGCCGCGAGGAGAAUACACAUUCAUCUCCGAUGAUAUCGGGAAGGAUGGAUUCAUUCGUACAGCAACAGAGGCGAGGUUCAAUGGUGCUAGGAUCGUGAAGAGUAGAGGGCAUGUUGCAGCAAGGAUGUUUCGAGAUGACAAAUACAUCGAGAGUCAGCUGAUCAUGAUUUCACAUAAUCGACUGGCUCAGUAUUGGGUAGAAUUUGGACAUAUCAGCUUCUUCGAACGAGUCGACAUAGACCAGUUCCUCUCGCCAUCCAACAAUCCUGUCAACGAGACAUCCUAA